GAAAGAAUCUGUUUAAGACAAGGUGAAAGGAGGAGAAAAAGUGUCCCGACAGCUGCAGCGAGGGAGGGAGGAGGCUAAAACAAAACAGAGCUGUACAGAGGUGAACCCAAGAGAAGAGCGAAAGCAAUGUGAAAGGAGGAGAGACGGCUGCCGUUGAGUCAGAGUCAUUAUCUCGAUACUAAAAGACAGAGCGCUGGCUGGAUAGAAGAAAGGGAUUUAUGAAGUAAAGUGAUUUGAAGUGGAGAUGACUCUAACAAAGAUUCUGGCUGCUGUUUUGGGCUUCUACGCUCUGUCCUCCUGCGACUCUGCAGACAACACCACCAGACCACCGGCCACCAUCAUCACAACAGCUGAUUUCUCUCAGGCAAGAGUAUUCAAUGAGGAGAUUGUCAGAGGACGAGGGGACACUCCAGACAUCUUAGAACCUGAACCCACCACUGCUGUCUCGGACAUGGAGAGCACAUACAACUACAUCUUGUCUAGACUGGCAGCGAUGGAUCAGGCUAUCCACAGGCUUAACGUGGGGCAUUACACUUUGGACAUUAAAGUGACGCAGCUGCUGGAAAAAGUGUCGCGCCUUGACAAUAGACAAGGUGACACUGAGGACGCCAUUCAGCAAGUCUCGUCCUACUGCAAGGACAAUCGCAAGGAGAUUGGACGCCUAGAGGGCUGCCAGAAAGGUCGUAAAAUAGGUUACAAAUGUGUUUUGGCAAACCGUGUGUAUGAGACCUACGCAGAUGCGUCCAAGAAAUGUCAAGAGCGUGGAGGACGCAUGGCCAUGCCACGAGAUCGCAAAGAGCAGGAAGCUCUGGCUGAAUAUGUGAAAUCUGUAUUCCAUGGAAACUGGCCUGUGUGGCUCGGGAUAAACGACGAGCGCUCCGAAGGCCUCUACCUGUUCGAGGACACGACACGUGUCACUUACUUUCAAUGGAGGAAGCACUUCCUAUCAAGUCAGCCAGAUGGCGGGAAACGGGAGAACUGUGUAGCCAUGUCCUCAGAUGACGGAGACUGGUGGGACACCUACUGUGAAAGACGCAUGUAUUAUCUGUGCGAGUUUGAUGUUUGAUAAAGUCCCAUGUGAUUUCUUUUUAUCUUUCAAGUCCAGCUAUUUACUGUUAUAAGGAUAGCUAUUGCACAACUAAAUUUAAAAUGCAUUACUUUUGCAACUGGACGUUGGAGCAGGACAUAUCUAGGGUUUAUCCUCCCCACUGAAGCCAAAUGCAAUUCUAUAGGUUGAAACACCUUCAUUCUCAGCCAAAAUUAUUCCCUCUAUUAAAAGGACAGCUCACCUGUAUAUUUUCAAAACCUAUUUAAGUUCCUUCUUCUGUUCAAGUUAUUUUGACUUCCUAUUGAUCUCUAUGGUAUGUUUUGUUCCUAUGAUGGAAGACAAUGGGAAACAACAACCAGUAAUUCAGUAGAUAUCUUCCUUUGUGUUAAACAGAAGAAACUCAUAAAGGUUAAUGAGGGAGAGUAAAUGAUGAGGUAAUUAUCAGUUUUGGGUGAACUAUCCUUUUAAUAAUACAAAUCUUAUAAAUAAAUCUUUAAAAAUAAAUAUUGUGUAACACAUUGCUGAAGCUUAAAAAAAGUUACAAAUUUCCAUUUAUUUUUUUAUUUUUAUUUUCAGUUAGCAUUUCCCUUAUAGAAAAAAAAAAUGAAGUCUAAAUCUUAAAAUCACACGUGAAACACCCACAUUUUUGGAACAUUUUCAUGUGGAAAAAAGUGAUGACAUGAUCACAGUCCUUGUUUCCUUGUUUACAAAAACCUUCCAACACAACAUGUUUCAUGUGGGUUUCACAUGUGUUUCAUGUCAUUUUCAUUUGAAGCUUAUCCGAUGAUUGUGGUUUUUCUCUAAGGGUUGGUUAACAGGCUAAAAACGUAGCCUACUAGUUCAACAGCAUUAAGAAAGGCUCUUUUGAUUUCAUAUAGAACACAAUAUUCUAAAAUGCUUUUUUUGAAUGGGUAUUGCAGGUUACUUUUCAGAAGGAUCGGACAACAGAGUAUAUAUAAUGCAUUUAUUUUCUAAACGUUUGUGCAUUUACACAGUACAAUAGCCUAUAGAUGGCUUUAAAAGUAAUAUAGUAAUACAUGGAAUUAUGAUGCUAUUGGGAUGGUGGUUCAUUCCACUGUUGCAACCCUUAAUAAAGGAAAGAAUAAACUAAAGUAAAGUGAGUGAGUAAUGGGAUCUUAAUAGUUCUAACUGGACAAUAACAGUUUACUUGUGUAAAGAUCUGAAAUCGAUGGACCUAUGAUAUUAUUUUGAAACAUAUAAUAUUAAAUAUUUUGUAAAUAGUAUUAAAUAUGUUUGAGGUUCUCGCUUUAUAUUAGUGAGUUUUUAAGACUGUAGAAAUGCGUUUCCUUUUUGUUCCUCUAAAAUAUUCUUAGAUUAUUGCUAUUGUUGUUUCAACUCUGUGAAGUAUUUGAUUUCAAUGCUUAAAUCAGUUGGCCAUGGCUGAAAUAGGUUUGCAGAAAACUGACAUCCAGUAGUGUAUUCAACGGCUCAUAUAAUAGGUAAUUGCAAUCAUUUUUUAGAUCCAUUUUUGUUUUAUUUCCCUUCGUAAACAUUUACCCUUCAUUGUACAUAGUAAAUCAGCUUAACGAGAUUAUUAUGUUUAAUAACCUUCAUUUUUAUUUAACAUCUUUAAAGACAUUGAUGUGGGAUAUAAAGGUCAGUCAGAUCUGGAACUCAACAGAUAAAAUGCUGUGAUGACCUGAGGGUGUACAUUCCCAUCAGAAACGACUCUUCAUAAAUAUAUGACUUUAAGUCAAAUCUUCAUCUAUACAACCUCAGGGGGAGCUGUCUAUCUGUGGAGCCAAGUUAGAGCACACCUUCAACUGUUAACGCCAGUGACAGGGUCUUAUUUCAUAGCUCUUAUUUCCUAUUAAAGGGUUAGUUCACACACAAAAAAAGGAAAUUAUGUUAUUAAUUACUCACCCUCAUGUUGUUCAAAUCCUCUAAGACAUCCGUUCAUCUUCGGAACACAAAUUAAGAUAUUUUAGAUGAAAUCCUGGAGCUCUCUCAUCCUCCAUAGACAGCAAUGGUUCUGUGACGUUCAAAGUUCAGAAAAUACAAUUUUUUCAAAACAUUCCAUGUGACUUCAGUGGUUCACCUGUAAUCUUAAGAAGCUGCAAGAACACUUUUGUGCAUUAAAAAAGGUAAAAACAUGAAAUGGCAACACGUCAUACUGUGGACCCUGACCUGACUUGAUGUCAUAUUUACCAUUUUUUGGCACACAAAAGUGUUCUUGGAGCUUUGUAUAAUUACAGUUGGACCACUGAAGACACAUGGAAUGUUUUGACUGUUUUUGUUUCUUUUUCUGGACUUUAAACAUAUCGAGACCAAUGCGGUCUAUGGAGGAUGUGAGAGCUCCAGGAUAUCAUCUAAAAUAUUUAAUUAAUUCCCAAAAUACCCUGAAAUACUAAUAGCUUCAUGUUUAUUCGCAGUAUAAUAGUAAUGCAUUAACUUCCCAUUUUUACCUUUUUUAAUGCUUAUUUGGUAACACUUUAAAAUAAUAGGCCAUAAUUUAAUGUAUUUACUAACAAUUUGUAACACAUUUAUUAUGAUAUUAAUUAAUCUUUGUUAACAUUUGAUGGCGAAGUUAAAUUUAUUUAAGUUGAAUAACGUUACUUUUUAAAACCAUAAUACUACACAAUGAAAUUUAAGGCUGACUUUAUAGUAUAGAAUUUGCCAAAAAAUAUUAUUAUUAUUAUUAUUAUUAAUAAUAUUAUAGAGCAAAAUCCUAGCAAACUCAGUUUACGCAAGUGAAAUCCCAGCAAACGUUCAUUAUGCAAACAAUAACCCCACGUGUAUUUCAUUGUGCUUCACCAAAGAUUAUAAAUGGACUUUGGUUCCACCUAUGUUGUUCUGCUUGAUGAAAGAUAAAGAGAUUUAAGUAGAUUUCAAAACUGACACAAAGGCUGCAUUCCUAAAUUGCAUACUUCCAUACUAUAUAGUAUACUAAAGCCAGUAUGCGAGCCAAGUAAUUUGUGCGAAUUCAUAGAAGAUGAAAAACAGUAUGCUAGAAGUACCCGGAUGACCUACUACUUCUGGCGAGAUUCUGAAGUGCGCAUCUAAUGCACGCUAUGCUAUCUCAUGAUGCACCGCGAGAGAAUUCAUGAAUAGGAGUGAAGCGACACAAAUGAUGUGGGUAGGUCACGUGAUCAUGACAAAAUGGCGGAUGUAGUAUGUCCGAAUUCCAUUCACACUACUCGCAUUCAUACUGUACAGAACGUAUUAAUCUAACGGUUGAAUAGUAUUGAAUUAAAUGCAGUACCUAUUGAGUAUAAGUCGAUUUUAGAUGCAGCGAAAACAUUUGGGGGGUUGGUUCGAUUGCAUUUUUAAGACCUCUGAAAUGCGGAUUUAAGAGUUAUUAAGGCCCUAUUUUUGUACUAUGGUGUUUAAGACUUUUUAAAGAUCCGUGAACACCCUGUAACAUUAACAAGCACAACUUUGGAUUUUAAUGAUGCAUUAGUAAAUGCUGAACUAUGAUUAAUUAAAGCUUUGCAAGAUUAUUCAUACUUAGUUAAUGUUUGCAUUAAUUAACAUUAGGUAAUGGACCAUUGUUCUAAAGUGUUACCAUUUAUUUUUUUUAGCAAAUGUGUAUUGGAAAAACAACUUUUCCAUUUUAAUUUGAGGGUCUGGAAUCUCCACUUUAUUUUGGCCAUCUAUCUAGCAUAGUAAAUGAAAGAAAACAUCCUACGUCUGGCACAAACAGGAAUGAGUAUACGUUUUCAAGAAAUGGACCUUCUUAUCUAGAUGGCAAGGAAGCAAGAAAAGCAUGAUUUUUAUUUCUCUCCAGGACUUAUUAAUGUGCAUAGUGAGCAGAGACGGUGGCCAGAAUCUGAGUAGCGGAUGGUCUGUCCACAGGGCUUUUACACCGGUAGGAAAAUAUCACUUUACCACCCUGCUCCAGCACAAAAUCGCCACCCAUCUGGGAGAGACAGAGACAGAGAGAGCAUUUAAUCCAUUUUCAAGAGUCCUAGACCUUUUUUUUUUUGGUUCUCUCACUGAGUAUUAUGCAAUAUUUGGCACUCGUUUUUAUGUAUUUGGCACAUUCCAUGAAUAGACUGACUGUAUUAAAACAUUUUUCUUCUUUAUUUGACAAA